AUGGGUAGUAUUCAUAACGGCGUUCCCAAGGGAACUUUUUUGUUCACUUCAGAAGCCGUGGGUGAGGGCCACCCCGACAAGAUUGCUGACCAGGUCUCUGAUGCUGUUCUCGAUGCCUGUCUCGCUGAGGAUCCAAUGUCCAAGGUCGCCUGUGAAACAGCCACCAAAACCGGUAUGAUUAUGGUUUUCGGUGAAAUUACCACCAAGGCCCACCUUGAUUACCAGAAAGUUAUCCGGAAUGCCAUCAAAGACAUCGGCUACGAUGAUUCUUCUAAGGGCUUCGAUUACAAAACCUGCAACGUCCUCGUUGCCAUUGAGCAACAAUCGCCAGAUAUCGCUCAGGGCCUCCACUACGAAGAGGCUCUAGAGAAACUGGGCGCUGGCGACCAGGGUAUCAUGUUUGGAUAUGCCACUGAUGAAACUCCUGAAUUACUGCCUUUGACAAUCCAGCUAGCCCACAAACUUAACAAAGCCUUGAGGGAUGCCCGUGUUGAUGGCACUCUUCCCUGGCUCCGACCUGACACCAAGACCCAAGUCACUGUCGAAUACGCUCACGAUAAUGGCGCUGUUAAGCCCCUGCGUGUAGACACAGUCGUCAUAAGCGCUCAACACAGCGAAGUCAUCAGCACGGCGGAUGUGAAAAAGCAGAUCCUGGAGCAGAUUGUCAAGAAAACCAUCCCAGCGAACCUCCUCGACGACCGCACUAUCUACCACAUCCAACCCUCAGGUCUAUUCAUCAUCGGUGGGCCCCAGGGUGAUGCCGGCCUUACCGGCCGGAAAAUUAUCGUCGAUACCUAUGGAGGCUGGGGUGCCCACGGCGGUGGUGCUUUCUCCGGCAAGGACUAUUCCAAGGUCGAUCGUUCCGCUGCCUACGUUGCACGAUGGAUCGCCAAAUCGCUCGUUCACGCAGGUCUCGCCCGUCGCGCUCUUGUCCAGCUUUCGUACGCUAUUGGUAUUGCAGAACCCCUCUCGAUAUACGUCGAAACAUACGGUACAUCCUCAAAAUCUUCAGAGGAAUUGGUCCAAAUCAUCCGGAACAACUUCGAUCUACGACCCGGUGUCAUUGUACAGGAACUCGACUUGGCCAAGCCCAUCUACUUCCAAACCGCUAAAUACGGCCAUUUCACCAACCAGAACUUUUCAUGGGAGAAACCCAAGGCCCUUAAAUUCUAG